AGUCGAUUGGGUGGUGUGUCAAUAAAUCAAGAGUGUCAAGAGCUAAAGGUGAAAAUUUUAGAUCAGUCCAACCAGGAAAUUAUGCUGGAAAUCAAACAAUCACAGGAAGAAUUGAAGGAACUGAGACGAACAAUGGACAUUAAAAACUCAACCAUAAGGGAAAAUCUUAGAGAUUUGCAAGAUUCCCACAGUACAUUGCAAACAGAACACUCAAGAGCUACACAUAAUCUAAGAGAUCUGCAAGAUUCCCACACUUCUUUACAAGCAGAGCACUCAAGCACUACCAAAAAUCUGAUAGAUCUGAAGGAUUCCCAUAGUACUUUACAAAUUGAACACUCAAAAGUCACAGAGAUUUUAAAAGACCCAGUACCAUGGAACAUAAGAGAACUAAUUAAUGAGGAAUUAGAGAACUGGAAAGAAGAUGACAAAAUAUUUAUAGAAACAAACGGAGCAAAAUGUGUAUUAAAGUGCAUUAAAGAAAAUGGUUGUGUUGUUGUCACAGCAAGUUCUGGUACCGGGAAAACAUCAUUGGUGCGCCAUGUAGCUUUACAGAUGCAUAAUGAAGGCUAUGAAAUUUUACCAGUAUCAAAUCCUAAGGAAAUCAUCAAGUGGUACAAUCCAAUUAAAAAAAUAUUGUUUGUAGUGGAUGAUUUUUGUGGAACAUACAAUUUAAAUCCAAUGAAGUUUGAAAACUGGAAAAAUAGGACGGAAAAAAUUAAAACAUUAGUAGAAAAGAAACAAGUGAAGUUAAUUAUGUCUUGUAGACUACAGGUAUAUAAAGAUAGGCAAAUGGAAUCGUUGUCAUUCUUUCAAGCAUGUGAAUGCAAUCUUCAGUCUGCCCAUUUGUGUUUAUCUAAAACAGAAAAACAAUCCAUUGCUGAAUUUUACCUGAAAACAAACGCUUCUGAUAUCAGUGAUUUGUAUGACAUGUUUGACUGUUUUCCUCUUUUGUGUCAAUUGUACAGCAAAAAUCCAAAACUGAACAUUGUAAAUUUCUUUACAAAUCCAUUUACAGUUUACAAAGAAGAGAUAGAUAAAUUACAGACAGAGGGAGCACAGGUCAAAUACUGUGCACUUGCUCUAUGUGUCAUGUUUAACAAUCAGUUGAAGGAAGAAUGGCUUACUGAACAUGUGGAUGAAAACAACAAAACAAUUAUAAAGAACACAUAUCAAGCAUGUAAAGUUGUUGCAGGGACGUCACGAUUGGUUUUACGUGAUGAGCUUGAUUCACUCACACAUACAUACAUCAGAAAGGAUGGUGAAGUAUACAGAACUAUACAUGAUAAACUAUUUGACUUUCUUGCUUUUUACUUUGGCAGUGUGAUGAUUUAUUGUUUAAUUAAAAAUGCUAACAGUCGUUUUAUUCGUGAAAGGUUUUCAUUUGAAAGAAAAAGCAAAAAUGAUGAAUUUACAAUUAUUGUACCAACGAGAUAUCAGCAAGGGUAUAUAAACAGAAUGGUAGAUGACUGGUCAAUAGGAAAGGUACAAGAUGUUUUCUGUAACAUCAACAUGGACAAUUGUAUCUUCAGAACACGAUUCCUUCUACAUAUAAAAGACUUGGCAAUAUCACAACAAAAACAAUUGUCCAGUUCAUAUGACAUUGAUAACAAUAGUACUCCAUUGAUACAAUGUUGUUUUAUAAGAGAUAUUGAUCUGGUUAAAUGGUGUAUUCAACAUUGCAUCAGUAAUGUAAACCAUUGUCGUAAUACUGAUAAAGUAUCACCUCUAUUCAUAUCAUCUGCAUAUGGAUAUACUGAAGUAGUUAAGAUGUUAAUAAACAAUAAGGCAGACCUUAAUAAGUGUAGAGAUACUGGAGCAUCACCUCUGUACAUUGCUUGUCAGAAUGGACAUACUGAAGUAGUUCAGAUGUUAAUAAACAAUAAAGCAGACAUUAAUAAGUGUGAUAAUGAAGAGUGUUCACCUGUGUACAUUGCUUGUCAGAAUGGCAAUACUGAAGUAGUUCAGAUGUUAAUAAACAAUAAGGCAGACAUUAAUAAGUGUGAUAAUGAAGAGUGUUCACCUGUGUACAUUGCUUGUCAGAAUGGAAAUACUGAAGUAGUUCAGAUGUUAAUAAACAAUAAGGCAGACAUUAAUAAAUGUAGAGAUAUUGGAACCUCACCUCUGUACAUUGCUUGUCAGAAUGGACAUGCUAAAGUAGUUCAGAUGUUAAUAAACAAUAAGGCAGACAUUAAUAAGUGUAGUGAUACUGGAGCAUCACCUCUGUACAUUGCUUGUCAGAAUGGACAUACUGAAGUAGUUCAGAUGUUAAUAAACAAUAAGGCAGACAUUAAUAAGUGUAGAGAUACUGGAUCAUCACCUCUGUACAUUGCUUGUCAGAAUGGACAUACUGAAGUAGUUCAGAUGUUAAUAAACAAUAAGGCUGACAUUAAUAAGUGUAGAGAUACUGGAGCAUCACCUCUGUACAUUGCUUGUCAGAAUAGACAUACUGAAGUAGUUCAGAUGUUAAUAAACAAUAAGGCAGACAUUAAUAAGUGUGAUAAUGAAGAGUGUUCACCUCUGUACAUUGCUUGUCAGAAUGGACAUACUGAAGUAGUUCAGAUGUUAAUAAACAAUAAGGCAGACAUUAAUAAGUGUGAUAAUGAUGAGUGUUCACCUGUGUACAUUGCUUGUUAUAAUAGACAUACUGAAGUAGUUCAGAUGUUAAUAAACAAUAAGGCAGAUAUUAAUAAGUGUAGAGAUACUGGAUCAUCACCUCUGUACAUUGCUUGUCAGAAUGGACAUACUGAAGUAGUUCAGAUGUUAAUAAACAAUAAGGCAGACAUUAAUAAGUGUAGAGAUACUGGAACCUCACCUCUGUACAUUGCUUGUCAGAAUGGAAAUACUGAAGUAGUUCAGAUAUUAAUAAACAAUAAGGCAGACAUUAAUAAGUGUAGAGAUAUUGGAACCUCACCUCUGUACAUUGCUUGUCAGAAUGGACAUACUGAAGUAGUUCAGAUGUUAAUAAACAAUAAGGCAGACAUUAAUAAGUGUGAUAAUGAAGAGUGUUCACCUGUGUACGCUGCUUGUUAUAAUAGACAUACUGAAGUAGUUCAGAUGUUAAUAAACAAUAAGGCAGACAUUAAUAAGUGUAGAGAUACUGGAGCAUCACCUGUGUACAUUGCUUGUCAGAAUGGAUAUACUGAAGUAGUUCAGAUGUUAAUAAACAAUAAGGCUGACAUUAAUAAGUGUAGAGAUAUUGGAACCUCACCUCUGUACAUUGCUUGUCAGAAUGGACACACUGAAGUAGUUCAGAUGUUAAUAAACAAUAAGGCAGACAUUAAUAAGUGUGAUAAUGAAGAGUGUUCACCUCUGUACAUUGCUUGUCAGAAUGGACAUACUGAAGUAGUUCAGAUGUUAAUAAACAAUAAGGCAGACAUUAAUAAGUGUAGAGAUACUGGAGCAUCACCUCUGUACAUUGCUUGUCAGAAUGGACAUACUGAAGUAGUUCAGAUGUUAAUAAACAAUAAGGCAGACAUUAAUAAGUGUGAUAAUGAAGAGUGUUCACCUCUGUACAUUGCUUGUCAGAAUGGACAUACUGAAGUAGUUCAGAUGUUAAUAAACAAUAAGGCAGACAUUAAUAAGUGUGAUAAUGAAGAGUCAUCACCUGUGUACAUUGCUUGUCACAAUGGAUAUACUGAAGUAGUUCAGAUGUUAAUAAACAAUAAGGCAGACAUUAAUAAGUGUAGAGAUAUUGGAACCUCACCUCUGUACAUUGCUUGUCAGAAUGGACAUACUGAAGUAGUUCAGAUGUUAAUAAACAAUAAGGCAGACAUUAUUAAGUGUAGAGAUAUUGGAACCUCACCUCUGUACAUUGCUUGUCAGAAUGGACAUUCUGAAGUAGUUCAGAUGUUAAUAAACAAUAAGGCAGACAUUAAUAAGUGUAGAGAUACUGAUGGAGAAUCACCUCUGAACGUUGCUUGUCAGAAUGGACAUACUGAAGUAGUUAAGAUGUUAAUAAACAAUAAGGCAGACAUUAAUAAGUGUAGAUAUACUGGUGAAUCACCUAUGUACGUUGUUUGUUAUAAAGGACAUACUGAAGUAGUUCAGAUGUUAAUAAACAAUAAGGCAGACAUUAAUAAGUGUAGAGAUACUGAUGGAGUAUCACCUCUGUACGUUGCUUGUCAGAAUGGACAUACUGAAGUAGUUCAGAUGUUAAUAAACAAUAAGGCAGACAUUAAUAAGUGUAGAUAUACUGGAGCCUCACCUCUGUUCAUUGCUUGUCAGGAAGGACAUACUGAAGUAGUUCAGAUGUUAAUAAACAAUAAGGCAGACAUAAAUAAGUGUAAAGAUACUGGACAAUCCCCCAUAUUUAUAGCAUGUUAUAGAGGCCAUGCAGAGAUUGUUGAUUUUUUAUUGAAACAUAAAGCAGACUGUAACCAUAAAUGGAAAGGACUUACACCAUUAGGUAUUGCUAGAAGAGAAAACCAUACAAAUAUUGUACAUUUAUUAGAGAGAUGGAACAAACAAUCAAUAUAAUUAUUAUGCAUAGCAGUGGUUUAAGGACAGUAAUCAGAACACUAUCAAUUGUAAAACACUUGCUUCAAGUUUUUAUU